AUGGCCCAACACGGCAGCAGGAGUCAGCCCUACGAUGGUGUCCGAUACCAGCCCGCGCAUAAUCCUGCAGUGCCAAGAGGCUCUGCUUCCUCCGGCAGUUCGUCCGGCGCAACUUUCCCUGCUGGAUCUCACUACGCCGAUUUCGAGAAGCAAAGGGGCGCUUCGUCCCCUCAAGCGCUUACUGGCGGUCGUCCACGACAGAAGAAGUGGUAUGCUUCCAAGUGGGUAAAGAUCGGCUUGCCUUUGCUUUUGAUCGCCAUCAUCAUCGGCGCUGUCCUCGGCGGCGUUUUAGGAUCGAGAAGGGGUAACAGUUCGUCUUCCGGUAGCGGCUCCGCAGCGUCAUCAUCCGCUAACGGUUCGCCUUCGACUUCAGGUUCGUCCUCGUCAACAGGAUCUGGCUCUUCUUCAGGCGGUAGCCGCUCUUCGGGCACCGGCCAAUCUCAGAUCGUCGUGCCCUCGCUCGAUGCCAACGGUAAUCCAGUCUACCCGAGCAAGCAGGCUAUCUUUGCCAACCCCUCAGUGCCCACCUACACGACCAAUUCGACUCUGCUUUGCUCAGAUUCUGCUUUCGCUGCGGGAUCCGGACAAUCUGGCAAUUACCAAGUCCGAGGCGAUCACCCUCGCUUGUUCGCGACAGCGACCAAGUGGGACUGUCUCAGAUCCAACAUUGCCCAGGACGCCUAUCUCGCUUAUUGGAACGAGACCAUCUUUGCCAAUGCGACCAAGCUUGCUGCCCUUUCUCCCACCAAUUACUCUAUCGAUGGUGGACUGUCUGGCUCUGGUGUGCUUGACGUAGCGCGCGAGGUCCAGCUCAGACUCAAACACUGGCAAAUGUCAAAUGAUACCAAGUGGGCAGAUCGUGCCUGGCAAGAAGUCCUCGUCGCGUCCGGCAACUCGUCAGAUCAGUACUUUGGCAAUACCGGCGAUAACUGGAAUAGCCAACACUUCCUCGACGUCGGCGAGUUCACCGCUGCUUUCGGAAUGGCAUACGAUUGGUUCCACGAUGCUUGGACUGCAGAGCAGCUUGAUGCUACUAUGUGGUCGAUCAUUACCCUCGGCCUGCAGUACGGUCUCAAUUCUUACACAGAAUCGACUGGCUAUGGCUGGUGGCAGACCACGAAUGGCAACUGGAACUGUGUCUGCAAUGGUGGUCUGACCAUUGGCGCUCUUGCCAUCCGCUCAGAAGAUCCCACGGGCAUUGCUGCGCAAGUCCUUGGCUACACUAUUCCCAAUGCUCAACAGAACUGUGCAUUCGGCGUUACAUCGGACGGCACAUGGUCAGAAACGUCCGACUAUUGGUAUUUUGGCACGAAUGGACACGCACAGAUGACGGGUGCCCUCAUCACCGCCACCGGAUCGGAUCAAGAGAUGCUCACGAGUAACCCGAACUUCAACAAGACCGGUCUCUUCCAUAUUUAUGGCACUGGCUUCGUACAAAAGUUCAACUACGGCGAUUGUGGUCCCAAUAAGUAUACCGCGACUGCGAACGGCCUGAUGCUCUACGGCGAUCAGCUCGACAUUCCCUUGUACGCGCUCUAUCAGCGCGAGCGUCUGGACGCACCGGAACCACUCUCGGUCCUCUACUACAAUCCGGAGGUCAAUGGCACCUGGUGGAACGGACUGGCGCUCGAUCACUAUUUCCCAGGCGGAGGCAAUGCAUGGGCUUCUAUGCGAUCCACUUGGACAGACCCUACAGGCCUUUAUGCGGCUAUCAAGGCCGGCAAUGCCACUGGACAUCAGACUCAUCAGGAUAUUGAUGCUGGCGACUUCGUCCUCGAGGCACUCGGUCAGAGAUUCUUCGGCGAGCUCUGCCAGGCGCAGUACCUCGCAGAUGGCUACUUCUCUUCCGAAGGCGAGAACAGCGAGCGAUGGCUUUACUACCGUACACGUACCGAGGGUCAAAACUCACUGCUUAUCGGCGGUCUAAACCAAAACGUCGAUGCUCAGCCGCCCACCACUUACGAUUCCACAGCGGAAGCACAAGAUGUGCUAGAGUACAGCGCACCGUCGACAUCGACUGCUUUCUUCACUGCAGAUCUCACUGCCACGUACAACGGCACAUCCGUCUCUCGCGCGAUGCGCAUGAUCAAUGGCCGCCGUCAAGUCUUGCUGCAAGACGAGAUUGGCACGAUCAACGAAGCUGUGCAAUGGCGCGCACACACAAAUGCGACCAUCAGCAUAAGUGGCUCGACGGCAACACUGUCGCUCAAUGGCGAGACCAUGCAAGCCAUCAUUCAAAGCCCCUCGGGUGCUUCAUGGGGAACCGCGCAACCAGUCAGACUGUCGACUGAUCCCGCUCUCCCAUCAGACUCGAUCAGCCAGGAUCUACCAAACCCAGGCGUGACAGUGCUGACGAUCGAUCUAUCAGCAAGCGCAGCAUCUGGCGCGACUCUUGCCGUUCUCUUCAAUCCUCAGUGGCCUAAUUUCAGCUCAUACAGCACUCCACCUGUGGUCGCCAUCGACCAGUGGAGCUUGACGUCACACAACUAA